AGGCCACCAUCUCCAGCCCCUUCCACGGAGAUACCAGAAUUCGUGAAUUUGCCCUCCCUCCAUUCCUCUCCCCGAGCGGAGCACCGGCAGCCAUGGCGCUCGACAACUACUACCACAACAAGAUCGAGGCGAUGAAGCUCGAGAUUCUCAAGGGCCAAGCUGUCCUGCGGCGUCUCGAAGCCCAACGGAACGACUACAACUCGAGAGUGCGGCUGCUGCGCGAAGAGCUCGGCCUCCUGCAACAGCCCGGGUCCUACGUCGGCGAGGUGGUCAAGGUGAUGGGAACGAAGAAGGUGCUGGUGAAGGUGCACCCGGAGGGCAAAUACGUCGUCGAUGUCGCCGAUUCGGUAGAUAUGGCCAAACUCACCGUUGGCAAACGGGUAACCCUUCUGUCCGACUCAUACAAACUCGAGAAGAUUCUCCCCUCCUCCGUCGACCCGCUCGUGUCCCUCAUGAUGGUAGAAAAGGUGCCGGAUAGCACGUACGAUAUGAUAGGCGGCCUAGACCAGCAGAUCAAGGAAAUCAAGGAGGUGAUCGAGCUCGGCCUCAAGCACCCCGAGCUCUUCGAAUCGCUCGGGAUCGCCCAGCCCAAAGGCGUGCUUCUCUACGGCCCUCCCGGGACGGGGAAGACGCUGCUGGCCCGAGCCGUGGCGCAUCACACCGACUGCAAGUUCAUCCGAGUAUCCGGGUCGGAACUGGUACAGAAGUACAUUGGCGAGGGUUCCCGCAUGGUCCGCGAGCUGUUCGUAAUGGCCCGAGAGCAUGCGCCCUCGAUCAUCUUCAUGGACGAGAUCGACUCGAUCGGGUCGUCGCGCGUCGAGGGCUCGUCCGGGGGCGACUCGGAGGUGCAGCGAACGAUGCUUGAGUUGCUGAACCAGCUCGACGGGUUCGAGCCGACGAAGAACAUCAAGGUGAUUAUGGCGACGAACCGGCUCGACAUUCUCGACCCAGCGCUGCUGCGCCCGGGGCGCAUUGACCGCAAGAUCGAGUUCCCGCCGCCGUCGGUCGAGGCGCGGGCCGACAUCCUACGCAUCCACAGCCGCAAGAUGAACCUGACGCGCGGCAUCAACCUGACCAAGAUCGCGGAGAAGAUGAACGGCUGCUCCGGCGCCGAGCUUAAGGGAGUGUGCACUGAGGCCGGCAUGUAUGCGCUGCGCGAGCGCCGUGUCCACGUCACGCAGGAAGACUUCGAGCUCGCCACCGCCAAGAUCCUCAACAAGCACGACGACAAGGAGGUCUCGCUCCAGAAGUUCUGGAAGUAGAGAUAGGAAAGCACCCGGAUGGGUCGGGCCGGGGAGGCGGGCACGCGUAAAUAGUGCCCCCUACCGUCGUUUCGGCCGCGCUACCACGCGAGACGGGGUU